GUAGUAGGUACCGCAUUAUUGUUAUCCCCGUGUGUGUGUGUGUGUGUGUGUGUGUACGUGUGUUACUGUUGUAUAGCUCGCUCUCCGACUACUGUUUAAGCCCUCGACGCUUUCGGGUUUUUUCGACAACGGCCUAUAAGAAAGUUUUUUGUUCACUCGAUUCCCGAAACCGGAAAAGCGCCUGUCUGCCCUCCAAUAACGAGGCGUGUGUACCUGUCGUCGAGCCUUUUGAUUUAUCGAAUUCGCGUCCGCACUCAUUCUUCAGUCGUUGUGCUCCUCUCAGACGGUGCUAUCGAACGUGUGACUUAAUAUCCGUCACCCCUUAACAGCCGUCGUCCUGUACGUGGUUCGCCGGCUCGCGUGUGUAGAUUAAAAGCACAUAGUUUCUAUAAUAAUCGCCAAGACGGACGCCGACGCUGAUACCGACACCGGCAUGGAGAAGAGAAUCGAACUGGAGAAACGGGGACGAAAUGCCGAUGAGAUAGAUGCAUUGAUUUUGGAUGAUUGUCGUAGUACUGCAAUAGUUGGUCUUACAGAUGAAUAUGUUAGUUUAAGAAACCUUAGUAUAAUCAAUGUUGGUUUAACAAGCUUAAAAGGUUUUCCAGCAUUGCCAUCACUUGUUUUUUUGGAUCUCAGUGAAAAUCGAAUUUCCAAUAGUCUUCAAAACCUCAGUGGUUGUACUAAUCUCAGAUCAUUGAAUCUCUGUCAAAAUAAAUUGAAAGAUAUUGAAGCAAUUGAUCCAUUGAAACAUCUAAAACGUCUUAAGUAUUUAGAUUUAUCUAACAAUGAAGUAACUAAAGAAGAAGGAUACAAAGAAUAUGUGAUAGAAUAUUUUUCCAAGACUAUUAAAUGUUUAGAUGGGGAUACUUUUUUCAAUGGCAAACACGAAUCUGCCAGUGACAGUGAUGAAGAAGAUUCAGAAUCUGAAGCUGAAGAAGAAGGUGAAGGUGGUGAUGAUGACGAUGAUGACGAUGAUGAUGACGAUGCCGAUGAUGAUGAUGAUGUCGAUCGUGAUGAAGUUCAAAAAGAAAAUGUGUAUACUGAUGACCAAUCAUCUGAUCAAUCAUCUGACCAAGAAUAUGAAAAUGGUGAAGGAGGCUUAGAAGACUUGUUAAAAGACAAUAUUGAUGAAGAAAGCGAAGGAAAUGAUUAUGUAUUAGAUGAGGAAGAUGGUGUAGAUCAAGAUUCUACUGAUGAAAGUGAUGAUGAUGAUGAUGAUGCAGGUGAAGCCKAUGAUACUACUGCUAAUGACUCACAAGAUACUAGAGGGAAAAAAAGAAAACUUGAUGAAUAACCUAUUUAAAGUUAUUAAUUACUGUUACGUGAAGUGGAACAAAUUGUAUGUAUAUGUCCCCACACUUAUUUAUAAGUAUCAACUUAAAACCUUUUUUUUACUUUAUUUGUGAAUUAAUUGUUUUAUAGACAUAUUUUUAUGUUGUACCAUGCAAAACAUUUAAAUUUUUUUAACUUAAUCAUGUAUUAUAUCUUUCUAUUUUUUCUCAACACUGCUAUGACUUUGAACUUCUCAAGUAAAACUUUUUUACUUGGGUUAGCUUUUUUUUAUUUCAAAAUUGUUUUAAAGGCAUAUUUUUUUAAGUCUAUUUUUGAACAACCGUGGAGUAUAUGUUUAUACAACUURAUGAUGUGUUUGUAAUUUAAAUUAUAUUCGAAGACCAAAUAAUAAGUUAUUUGUGUGUU